CCGGUAAAGAGCGACACUCUGCGUCAUGUGACGGCGGACGGACGGAGAGAUGAAGAUGGCGCAGCACCGGCGCUGAAGAGGUUCCCCGUUCACCCCGUCAAAUCACGGAAAAUCGCGUCGAGUACGCGUAAAAGAGCGCCGCGCGCGCACGCGACUCGAGAAACGCUCAAGGUUAGCUUGUCCUCUUCUUGUUUGUUGGAUUCCGGCGGCAAAUCACGACUGACCGAGUCGGUGAAAUAAAUACACGAGCGUCUCCAUCCUCAGAUGCUGCUGCGCCGCCGCAUCCAUAGCGCGAGAUCCCCGACGCGCGCGGAGCUGACGCGUGAAGCACGUCUGUGUGAUGAGACACACGACUGUGAGACAAACACGUCUGACCGUCUGCUUCAACUUUAAUUCAUGUGUCACCGUACAUGACAUUUAACCGAAACUCUUCUAAUACCUUGGUUAUUUUACCGGGAUCAUGUGGACACCGACCGAGGACGAGAAAAUCGGCGUGGUGGUCUGUAGUGUCCGGGGAUCUGUGUCACAUGGUCUGACUCUAGAGCUUGGGGAAACGGUUCAUAUCCUGGAAAAGUGUGAAGGAUGGUACCGAGGAUUUUCCACCAAGAAACCCACAAUCAAGGGGAUCUUCCCAGCCGGCUACGUUCACUUGAAGAAGGCAGUCGUCACGAACAGGGGGCAAUAUGAGACAGUGGUCCCGCUGGAGGACCCCAUCAUUACGGAGGUCACCUCUACGCUGCAGGAGUGGUCCGUCCUGUGGAAGCAGCUGUAUGUGAAGCAUAAAGUCGACCUCUUUUACAAGCUCCGUCACGUGAUGAACGAGUUGAUUGAUCUGAGACGACAACUGCUUUCAGGCCACCUGACCCAGGAUCAAGUCCGUGAAGUCAAACGCCACAUCACUGUACGACUGGACUGGGGCAAUGAACACUUAGGCUUAGAUCUUGUACCCAGGAAGGAGUUCGAAAUGGUUGAUGCGGACCAGAUCAGUGUUUCUGAUCUCUAUAAAAUGCACCUAUCCAGCAGACACAGCGUCCAGCAAAGCACAUCCCAGGAUGGUGGAAGACAAAGACACGGGGAUUCGUGUCGAAUGCCUGUGCCGCACCAUCUCUUUGUCAACCUAAAGAGCUUCACAUACAACACCAUCGGCGAGGACACAGACAUCUUCUUCUCUUUGUAUGACCUGAGAGAAGGCAAGCAAAUCAGUGAGAAGUUUAUGGUGAAACUCAACAAAAAUGGUGGCCCAAAAAACCCAGAGAAGGUGGACCGUCUCUGCGCCCUCUUUACGGACUUAAGCAACAAGGACAUGAAGAGAGAUCUGUACAUUGUGUCCCAGGUCAUCAGGACGGGGCGGAUGUUGUUAAACGACUCAAAGAAAGGCCCCCCUCAUGUCCAGUACCGCCGGCCGUACGGAUGUGCAGUGUUGGCCAUGAGCGACGUCCUACAGACCAUCUCUGAACUCAAAGAGGAGAAAGACUUCGUGCUCAAAGUUUACACGUGUAAUAAUGAAACUGAGUGGUACCAGAUUCAUGAGAACAUUAUCCGCAAGUCCAGCACCAAAUACACCGCCCCCAGCACUAACUACGGUCUAAUCAUCUCACUGCAGCUGUUGAGGGGCGACAUGGAGCAAGUGCGCAAGGAAAACCCUAUCAUAUUCAACCGCGGCGUGGCCAUCACACGCAAACUGGGCUUCCCUGAUGUGAUCAUGCCAGUUCGGUUCCAAACUCAAAGUUUCCUCACUACCUCACGCCAUCUGCAGACCUUUUCAUGUGGAGGUCAAAGCGACGGCGACAUACGCAACGACCUCUACCUCACGCUGGAGAGAGGAGACUUCGAGAGAGGAGGCAAGAGCGUUCAGAAGAACAUCGAGGUCACCAUGUAUGUGCUCUACGCUGACGGAGAGAUCCUCAAAGAGUGCAUUAGUCUGGGCUCAGGAGAACACAACAUCAGCGAGUACCGCUCUUUCGUCCUCUACCACAACAACAGUCCGCGCUGGAGCGAGGUCAUCAAACUGCCCAUCCCCAUCGACCGCUUCCGAGGCUCCCAUCUGCGCUUUGAGUUCAGACACUGCUCAACAAAGGACAAAGGAGAAAAGAAGCUUUUCGGCUUUGCUUUCACUCCACUCAUGAGGGAAGACGGCACCACGCUGUCAGAUGAGAGCCAUGAGCUUUACAUCUACAAGUGUGAUGAAAACACCACCUUCAGUAACCACGCGCUGUACCUGGGGCUGCCCUGCUGUAAAGACGACUUCAACGGCUGCCCGAACAUCCCGUCCAGCCUCAUCUUCCAGCGCAGCACUAAGGAAACCCUCUGGAUAUCCACUCAGCUCUCUUCCACCAAACUGACUCAGAAUGUCGAUCUGCUGGCUUUGUUGAAGUGGAAAGCACAUCCAGACCGUGUAAUGGACAUUUUAGGGAGAUUGCGGCAUGUCUGUGGGGAAGAAAUAGUCAAAUUUCUUCAAGACAUCCUCGACACGCUGUUCUCCAUUCUGGAUGACAACACAGACAAAUACGGACCCCUGGUGUUUCAGUCACUGGUGUUCAUCAUCAAUCUGCUCCGGGACAGUAAGUUUUAUCACUUCCGGCCUGUGAUGGACACCUACAUCCAGAAGCAUUUUGCAGGAGCGCUGGCUUAUAAAGAGUUGAUUCGCUGUCUGAAGUGGUAUAUGGAUCGAUCAGCAGAAGUUGUUAGACAGGACCACAUCCAGGAAGCCAUGAGGGCUCUAGAGUACCUGUUUAAAUUCAUCGUCCAGUCACGGAUCCUCUACUCCCGGGCCACCUGUGGGAUGGAGGAGGACCAAUUUCGGGCCAGCAUCCAGGAGCUUUUCCAAUCCAUCCGUUUCGUGCUCAGUCUGGACAGCCGCAGCUCUGAGACACUCAUUUUCACCCAGGGUCCCCAGCCAACUACAGGACAAGCCACUACCAACCAGGGCAACUGCUUGCAGCCAUUGAGCUGUAAUUCCCCACGGCCCUCUCAGCUGUCUGCUGCCCUACUCAACUCUUUCCCAGCUAUUUUUGACGAGCUUCUCCAGAUGUUCACAGUACAGGAAGUGGCAGAGUUUGUGAGAGGAACUCUGGGUAGCAUGCCUAGUACGGUCCACAUCGGUCAGUCCAUGGAUGUGGUCAAGCUGCAGUCCAUUGCUCGGACUGUGGAUAGCAGGCUUUUCUCCUUCCCAGAAUCAAGGAGAAUUCUCCUUCCUGUUGUUCUCCAUCACAUUCAUCUGCAUCUGCGGCAACAGAAGGAGCUUCUGAUUUGCUCGGGAAUCCUGAGCAGCAUUUUCUCCAUUAUUAAGAGCAGCUCACUGGAGAGCUCUGUGCAGGAGGAGGUAGAGAUGAUGGUGGAGAGUUUGUUGGAUGUGUUGUUGCAGACGCUUUUGGCCAUCAUGAGUAAAUCUCAGUCUCAGGAGGCGGUAAGAGGGCAGCGCUGUCCACAGUGCACGGCUGAGAUCACUGGGGAGUAUGUGUCCUGUUUGUUGUCCCUCUUGCGUCAGAUGUCGGACAUUCAUUUUCAACACCUAAUGGACAACUUCCAAAGCAAAGAGGAGCUAAAGGAGUUCUUGCUGAAGAUUUUCUGUGUAUUCAGAAACCUGAUGAAGCUCAGUAUAUUCCCACGUGACUGGAACGUCAUGAGACUGCUGACCAGCAAUAUCAUUGUGAGCACAACUCAGUAUUUGUCGCCUGCCCUUCAUAAAAGUUUUACAGAUGCUGACUUUGAUUUUAAGGUGUGGAAUUCGUACUUCAGUCUGGCAGUGUUGUUUAUCAACCAGCCCAGUCUACAGCUGGAGACUCUGACACCAGUCAAGCGGAAGAAGGUCUUUGACAAGUAUGGUGAUAUGAGGGUCAUGAUGGCUUAUGAACUGUUUAGCAUGUGGCAGAACUUGGGUGAGAACAAGAUCCACUUCAUACCAGGAAUGAUUGGCCCUUUUCUGGGUGUGACACUUGUACCACAAAAUGAAGUUCGAAAUAUAAUGAUCCCCAUCUUCCAUGAUAUGAUGGACUGGGAACAGAGAAAGAACGGCAACUUCAAACAGGUGGAGGCAGAACUGAUAGACAAACUGGACAGUCUGGUGUCUGAAGGCAAAGGAGACGAGAAUUACCGAGAACUCUUCAGUUUGCUAACUCAGCUGUUUGGGCCAUACCCCAGUCUGCUGGAGAAGAUCGAGCAGGAGACCUGGAGGGAGACAGGCGUGUCUUUCGUCACAUCUGUCACGCGCCUCAUGGAGAGACUGCUGGACUACAGAGAUUGCAUGAAAGGUGAUGAGACAGAAAACAAGAAGAUCGGUUGCACUGUUAACCUGCUGAAUUUCUACAAGUCGGAGAUUAAUAAGGAGGAGAUGUACAUCAGAUACAUUCACAAGCUGUGCGACAUGCACCUGCAGGCUGAAAACUACACAGAGGCGGCGUUUACGCUCCUGCUGUACUGGGAGCUGCUCCACUGGGAGGAAAGGCCUCUCCGGGAGUUCCUGCACUAUCCUGCGCAGAGCGAAUGGCAUCGCAAAGAGGGGCUCUGUCGUAAGGUCAUCCACUACUUCAACAAGGGAAAGUGUUGGGAGUACGGCAUCCCGCUGUGCCGGGAACUAGCCUUCCAGUAUGAGUCCCUGUACGAUUAUCAGAGUCUCAGCUGGAUACGGAAAAUGGAGGCAGCAUAUUAUGACAACAUCAUGGAGCAGCAGCGACUAGAGCCGGAGUUCUUCAGGGUGGGAUUUUAUGGCCGGAAGUUUCCCUUCUUCCUCAGGAAUAAGGAGUUUGUCUGUCGAGGGCAUGACUAUGAGAGACUCGAAGCCUUUCAGCAAAGGAUGCUGGGAGAAUUUCCACAAGCGAUCGCCAUGCAGCACCCAAAUCAACCAGAUGAGGGGAUUUUACAGGGAGAUGCCCAGUACCUCCAGAUCUACGCUGUGACUCCAGUUUCAGAAAACAUGGAUGUGCUGCAGAUGGACCGCGUGCCGGACCGCAUCAAGAGCUUCUACAGAGUCAAUAAUGUCCGCCGCUUCCGUUACGACCGGCCCUUCCACAAGGGCCUGAAAGACAAGGACAACGAAUUUAAGAGUCUCUGGAUCGAGCGGACAACACUCAUCCUGACCCACCCUCUGCCCGGCAUCUCUCGCUGGUUUGAGGUGGAUAAGCGUGAGCUGAUUGAGGUUAGUCCGCUGGAGAACGCCAUAUAUGUGGUGGAGAACAAGAACCAGGAGCUGCGCACCCUCAUCAGUCAGUACCAGCACAAGCAGCUUCACGGAAACAUCAACCUGCUCAGCAUGUGCCUCAACGGGGUGAUCGACGCCGCCGUCAACGGAGGAAUCGCUAGAUACCAGGAAGCGUUCUUCGAUAAAGAGUACAUUAGCAGUCACCCCGAGGACACAGAGAAGAUCACCCAACUCAAGGAUCUGAUGCAGGAACAGGUUCAUGUCCUCGGCGUGGGUCUGGCUGUCCACGAGAAACUGGUGCAUCCAGAAAUGCGUCCCCUGCACAAGAAGCUGAUCGAUCAGUUCCAGAUGAUGAGGAGCAGCCUCUGUCAUUGUUUCUAUGUGGCCCUGCAGGGUCUGCCCGGUCUGGAUAAAUUGAGUCCGGCCUGCUCCGGGUCCAGCACCCCACGCAGCAUCCUCGCCACCCAGAGUCCCAUGAGUCCUGAGAGUAUUAAGCUCAUGCACCGGCACAGCCCUCUGAAUGUGUUGGGAUCUGUCCGCCACUCCUCCUCUUCUCUCUCCUCUCACACUUCCAGUGAGAUGGGAAACCUGCUCAUCCUGACGGACGGUAUGAUGGAGCACCCGGAGGACCUCUACCGCAUGCAGCCCAGUCCAUCAUCGUCCAGUUUGAGCUCGACACAUUCAGCUCCGUCUCAGAUGAUCAACUCAGGGCACGGCAGCAUCAGAGUUGGGUCCCCAUCACUACCUGACAGAUACAGACACAGCCGAGAGAUGCUAAUGCUCUUACCGCCGCACAGGGACCGUCCUAGCAGUGCCAUGUACCCCAACAUGACCGAGAACGGACAGCCUACUAACCAUCAGAGGGCUCUUUACCAUCAGGUCAUUGGUCCCUGCAAACCCUGCAGUGACCCCAAUCUCUCUGUGGCUGAUAAAGUGUUGACAGCUCCCAGCAGCUGGAGUUUGGACAGUGGCACCAGGGACACUCUGCUGUUCCUCUCUGCUCAUGUCGGGAGUGUGAUGGCCCCACCAGUCCCCCCCCGCACCCUCCCUCCCGGACACUUCUCGAUGCACUUUGAUGCUUUCCACCACCAGAUCAACGAACUCCCUCCAGCUCUCCCUGCGCGCUCUUUAAGAAAGUCACCCCUGCACCCUAUACCUGCCUCACCCACCAGUCCACAGUCGGGCCUGGAUGGCAGUAACUCCACCUUGUCUGGCAGCGCCAGCAGUGGCGUCUCCUCCUUGAGUGAGAGCAACUUUGCCCAGUCCUCCUCUGAGCCUCCAGCUCGAGCUGACACCUUGGACUCAAUGCCGAGCAGCCAGGCCUGGACCACGGACACGGAGGAAGCCGAGAGUCCCUACUUCCCUGUACGCUACAGCAUCUCAGAGCCUGAAGUUCUGGACCCUCUCAAGCCCGCUCCUUGCCGUAGUCACUCAGCCCCAUUGGGCGUAACCCCAGGGAUGCCCACUGACGGACACCACCAUCAUCACCUCCAUCUCCGCCAUCACCACCCACAUGCAAUACACAUAACCCACCCACACUACCACCACCAUGAGCCAGCACCAGCUCUGCCUCCCAAACCUUACCUGAGGGAAGGGUGUAUUCCUGAAGAGGACCUGAGGCCGGUUCCAAGGCCAGUGCCCCGCAAGAUCUCCCAGCCUCUGCUCACUAACAAGGACGAGCAGGCCAAGGUGGCCUGGGAACAUGGCAUUAGUGAAGAAUAGAUGAAUAACAAGGUUCACCUUGGACUGUUGGUUUUGGUGUGAUAGGUGGUUGGGUUUUGGGAAAGUCCCAAGAAAUGACUGGGUUUGAAACUCUACAUCUCAUGUAUCCAUUGCAGGUCUUUGAAACCUCUUAAGAAGUGCUUGACAUGUUGCUGAGCUUCUACGUGCUAGUGAGACUUUUUGUUUUUUGCCUAGCAAUUGGGAGUUACCCAGGAAUCUGGGAGUUCAAACUGCUUGUAGAGCCCGAGCUACUUCCCCUCAUUAGUAUCAGUAUAUUGAUUGGAUAAUGCAGAUAUGGUAGGAAUUUCAGAUGAAACAGGAAGCACACAAUCAGAUUCAGGUGUACUAGAUCCGAACGUUUUAUGUCUUCAGAGAUAGAUACACCUGUUGUCAAGGUCUACAACUUGUAAACACUUUAUAGUCAUAAUUACAAUAGCUUUGAUUGACAUCAUACACCUUAAAAAAGAGUGUUGAUAAACCUUACCAAUAGACGUCAUUCAGUUCUGGUGGGUUUGCACUUUAGCACUUAACCUCGGAGCACCACAAACCUUAUUAGUUUUGUCUAUUUUUAUUAAAUUAUUUACAAGAUAAUGUAGAAAGUGGUCAAAAGUGGAUCCUUAGCGGCUAAAAUUGAAAAAGUUAACUUUUGAAGCCCACAUAAGUGUGGAUUUCAGGUGAUCUCUGAGGACGUUUAAAGCUAUCAUCAUUGACUAAGCAUUUCUUCAUUUCUUCUGACAAGAUACUUCCCAAUCCAAUUAUUAACACAGGAGUUGAUAUAACAUGCUAACACUUCAUUACAGACAUAAAAACAUUUAACAGAACGUCUGUUACCUCCUGCACAGUUGUGGGAAGCUUCUUCUCACAGAGAAUCUGCACUAAUGUGACAGUAAGAGGCUUUCACAAUCUUUGUAAAGCCUCAUUACACCCAUAAUAUUGUCGUGCUGUGAAAGCAAAUCAGCCACUCUGAGCGCUACUGUAACGCUAAUAACACAACAGCCAAAGUGCUGUUAAAUCAUAGCCAUUUCACAGAUCUCUCCUCACAGUAAAGCGGCUUUUGGUCUCAGUAGGUUCCUUUGGGAAUUGAUUUCUGUUCCUCCAAGUUGACAGUUUUCAUAAAGAAGUAUAUUUUUAGAUAGAGCUGUUAUAAAAUUCCAAGAGUUUAAUAUAAUUGUAUUGUAUAAAAAAUACAAAAAGAGAGUUAGAAUAAAUACAGCGUAGAUUAUAUCAUAUACUAUAUUGCUAUGAAAGAUUAUAUCACACAUUUUUAAAGGCGCAAAGGAGGCAAGAUUCAUGAGUAUGUUUUAUGUUGUGAGUUGAGUGAGUCUUUGAGCUUCUGAUAGAUGCAAAUUCGGUAUCUGAUGGUGUUUCCAUAUUAACUUCUGACGACUUGAAAGUAUGUGUUAUUUAAAAAGCUAAUUUUAAUGUACAAUGUGCAUGUUCUCUUCAAUGGUGGAGAUAAUAUUACCCUACAUCACUUGAAGGGAGGGUCUGGAAGAGAUAUUGCUUGUACUGUAUAUCUACACAUCAUCAUCCACAGCAUUAUUAUCUAGCAUUUAAUGUCUUCUGAAAAUGUUAAUUAUAUCUGCUUUAAGCAACACACUACAUAUUGAUUGGCAGAAAUCAUAAAUCAUAAAUCUGCCAGCCAAUUUUAAUUAAAUUUUCCAAAGGAAAGCAAGAACAUGCAUCCAAUAGAGCGACAAGUAUAAAAUAUAUACUGUUAAUGUUAAUCUUAGUUUGUCAGUCGGUCUGUGUCAUGCUGACUAGACCCGCCCACAGUGCAAUCUCACUGGUCCAAAUUCCUGCUCCAAAAAAGGGAUUUAUUGUGAUUGGUUGAGACUGCAUUGGACAUUUUUUUAUUUUAUUUUUUUACCUGGUUAGGCAUAUAUUUUAUUGAAUUAUAAUUUAAAAUUAACUGAUUUUUUUUUUAUUAUUACUUUUAUGGGUAUUGUGCCGUUUCAUUUCAUAAGCCCUACUCAAAUGUACGAUGUGGUUUAAUUUGAUUUUAUAUCCCUUAAGGAAAUAUGUUAUGGGUUUGAAAAGUACUUUUUUUUUUUUGUUUGUUAAAUGUUCUGGAAUAGAAACACAAAAGUAUAUACUUAAAGUUGCUUUUAGUAUAAAAUGUACUUCAACCCCAAUCCUUGAAGAAUAUUAAAAGCAAGAGGCAAGUUUUAGGCAAGCCGGCAUUUUGUGUGCUUUUGUAAAAUCAAGACUGUACUGUUCAUGGCAGGAUAUGUUCAGAGAGAAAUGCAUGUUAUCUUAAAAGCAAUGACUGAUAGUUCAUCACUAAAGGCCUUUUUAUGGUCAGAGAGAGCAAAUACGUGCAAAUGUUUUGAUAGAGGACCUUCUUUAAAUGUGGGAAUCUCUCAUUCAUUACAUUAAUAAUAUUCCUGUCUGUUUUCAUAGUCAGACAUAAACUGCAAUUGUAUCUCUAUUCAGUCUAUUAAUUUGUAUGCACUUCCUCCUGAAGUAAAACUUAGAUAACUGGUGAUGCAUUUGUAGAUUAUCAUUUUUUUAUUAUUAUUAAAUAAUUUUUACUUAAUUAUAAACUGAUGAAGUAAGAGUGUUAUGUCUCCACUGACAUAGAAAUGGUUUAAAUGAUGAAUUAUUGAUUAUUUUUUUAUAUUAACCUAAAUAUUUUAAGGUUAAUUGAGACAAUAUAAACCAUUUUUAUACACAUUAAAUAUUGAGUGAUCAGGGAAGGAACUGUAAUCUAUGCAAAGAUCGAGUGUUAUAAGAAAGUGUAUAUGUGACGGCCCAUUCUUUCAAUAUAAGCACUGAUAAACUAAAAAGCAUUAAUAUUUAUUGUUUUGAGCAUUUAUAAUAACGGCUUUCUAGAUAUUUUGCAUGUAAAUACGGACUGAUGGAUACUGUGUGUCUUGUAAUCAUUCACCAACACAAUUUUGCUUGCAUAUCCAAGCAAAAAAACAAAACUAAAAAAAAGUUCAAACGUAUUAUAAUCACAAUUCAUCUAAUGAAAGGUACUCAUUCGGCACAAGUAAUCUUGUAAAGAACAAGUGUACAUAUUUUACAUGUUUGAUAUCUCCAUGGAGGCAAACUGACAGUUUUGGAUUCAGAGUUUCAGACUGAGGGUGACAUUUUAUUUUUUACAUGACGAGGUUGCCCUGAUCAGCAUCUAUAAUUCAAUACCGGAUUAAUACUUCUGAUCAUGUAUACAGCGAUAAGUGUGAAUUGCAAAUUAAGUAUUGGGUUUGAUUUCCUGUAUUUCGCUGAAAGGAUUGAUCAUCAUUAAUUGUAAAAGGAACAUUGCUGGUAAUCUAAGAAGAUGAAAUGGGUGAGCAAAGGGGAAACUUUUUUUUGUCUCUGUACAUUUGGAAAAACAGAGUAAAGAGGGGUACUAAACACUCUGGUCUGCAUUACAGUUCGUAUUACACCAUGUUUGGCUUUAUUUCGUGUAUAUACUCCUUCAAAAGCUUUGUAUUUAUAUGGUCAAGAGGGACAAAUCAUGUAUAGACUGAGAUUAAUGGUCUGCCUUGUACUUUCUGAUGUAAAUGUGUUUUUAAAACUAAACUGCGAACAUGAAAAGAAAAAAAAAAAUCUUUCAAUGGCCUAAUCACUACAGUUAUUUUGUGUAUUUUGCAUUGAAAUCUAAAGAGCGUUUUUGUUUUACCAUGCAGAACUACGAAAACCUUUGUACAAGUAUUCUCAAAGUAUUUUUUCUGUAUAUAUUGUGCUAGCAUGAAUAAAUGUGGUGUGGAUUUUAGAUGUAAAUACACACUUUUUUUUUUUUUCCUACUCACUUAACCGCUGUGACGUGUAAUUCAUUAAUAAUGCCUACUAUUAAAGAUCAAGUUUUAUCGACUGA